GUAGACUCAAUCGUCGUUAAUAAGGAUAGUGAUGUGAUGUACGAUCUGAGGGCCCUACUCUGAAGGAAUAUUCAUUAAAUGAUGCUCAUCAGACAACUUGAAGGCGAAAUCUUGGGAUGUUAAGAUGACAAUUAUCGAGAUUCCGUCAGAGUCGACAUAUGAUGAGAUAGGAAGGACCACGUACUGGGAAUCGCGGAGAUCGCCCAGUGCCUCUACCAAUACGUCAGAAACAUGCGGAUCUAACAUUUCUUUACCUCAACUUACCUCAAGGAAAUCCAUCAACCGUCAGGACAAAAUACUUACCAUUGUCUCCAUAUUCUUGGCCACGUCAUGCGUUUUUCUAGCAAUCUUUGUAGCUCUUCUGUUUACUAAGUUAGAGAAGGUUCGAGGUGAGUUGGGUGAUUUUGCAAACACAACAACCAAUCGAAAGAUUUGUGUCCGUUGUGCUCAACUGAAUUCAUCCCGACUUGGUCCCAAUGGAAUAGCUGAUCUGGAAUCCUUGGACGUGGCGUUGGAUGACGAUGGAGAGGAAGUUUGUUGUGCUGGAAACGCAAGACAAACCAACAGCUUGCUGGAAAUAGUAUACAUAAACUCCGAGCCAACAUGUAUGAAGGGUCUGCAGAACUCCUCCGAGACACGCUGUAACAGUUCCGCUGCCUCCCUCAUCACAACCGGGACGUCAGCAGCCGCUCACCUGCUAGCUGGUCUUCAAAACAAUGCCCUCCAAUACGAUACCGACACAGUGCCAGUCCGGAACUGGCGUUCAGAUGAUCUGACGUCACAUCUCGAGGGCGUCAAACUGACCAAUGAUAGGCUCGUCAUCAAGAACACCGGUCUGUACAUGGUUUACAGCCAGAUAUAUUUCUCUAAGUACGUCGCCCUGACCGCCCUGAAAUCCGCCACUCUCCUAUAUCAUUUGGUUUACCGGUACAAUACCAUUUAUCCUAAUGGUGGGAAUCAGGUACUCAUGCAGAGUGUCAAAACAAUGAUCUUUGACCCCAAGAUGACACACAGCGACCUGACAAGCUUCACAGCAGCUGCCAUUGAGCUAGUGGCUGGCGAUCAAAUAUACGUCAAAGUUUCCAACAUCUCCCUAAUGUCAGGAGAUGAAAAGGCUAGUUUCCUCGGAGUUGUGAAAUUUGAAUGACAGCAUAUCGCCACUAUUAGUAUAAUGCACUGGAAGACAUAUUAACAGGUCGUCUGACUUAAAAAUGGUAUCCUUAUAGGUUUAAGAUCUGUACAUAUAACGUUUUAGCUAUAUAGUUCAUUCUUUUACGCUGACAUUUUUAAUUGUUUGAUUUAUUAGAGUGGAAAAAUAACAUAUUUAUGUAUAUUACUAGUAGUAGCUUAGUUUGAUAUAGACAUUGUGUAUCGCUUAAAUAUGAUAACAUAAACGAUUAAAAAGGGGCAAAUACAAUUGAUUAUGGCUAAUGUUUUCGAGCCUUGUAUCUUAAUUCCAUUACCUUUAAUGACUUCUAUGUGCUUAUUUGAUCUUUAUGUUGACAAUAAACAAAUUAAGCUGAAUGCAUCA